CCCACAACCAAGAUGGCUGCGGAGAGGGCGGAAGUUUCCGCACUUGGGGCCUCCGAGGCCUCUCUUUCUCUCCUGGCGGACCCGCUCUCGAUGGCCGCAUGGGUCACGUGACGGGGGCGGGGGUGGCGGCGCGUUCUCCAAGGCUGCGAGGGAACCAGCGAGCAAGGCCGAGACGGGAGAGGGCUCGGCCUCGGGUGGGCGGCUGACAUGUCUCUCGAAGACCCGUUUUUUGUAGUCCGAGGCGAGGUGCAGAAGGCGGUGAACACGGCCCGCGGGCUGUACCAGCGCUGGUGCGAGCUCCUGCAGGAGAGCGCGGCGGUCGGGCGCGAGGAGCUCGACUGGACGACCAAUGAGCUGCGGAACGGCCUGCGCAGCAUCGAGUGGGACCUCGAGGACCUGGAGGAGACCAUCGGCAUAGUGGAAGCCAACCCAGGCAAGUUCAAGCUCCCGGCCGGAGACCUGCAGGAGAGAAAGGUGUUCGUGGAGAGGAUGCGGGAGGCGGUCCAGGAAAUGAAGGACCAUAUGGUCAGCCCGGCAGCUGUGGCCUUCAUGGAGAGGAAUACCAGAGAGAUGCUGACCGGCAAGCCAGCCACCCAGAAGUCCUCCAGUGACCUGCUGGCCGCCAGCGUGGUGUCGGCAGCCUCUCGAUACCUGGAGGAGCAGCAGGCCACGCAGCAGCUGAUCAUGGACCGACAAGAUCAACAGCUGGAGAUGGUGUCUGGGAGCAUCCGGGUUCUGAAACACAUGUCUGGCCGCGUCGGGGAGGAGCUGGACGAGCAGGGCGUCAUGCUGGACGCCUUUGCUCAUGAGAUGGACCACACCCAGUCCCGGAUGGACGGGGUCCUCAGGAAGAUGGCGAAAGUAUCCCACAUGACGAGUGACCGCCGACAGUGGUGUGCCAUUGUGGUACUGCUGGGGGUGCUUCUCCUCGUUCUCAUCCUGCUCUUCUCUCUCUGACCCAGGCCCUCCCCAGGGGGCUGGUCCCUCUAGCUGGGGGGCUGUCAGGACCCGGCCCUCUGGGAGGAGGGGUUUCUGUCUGGGGAGCUGUCCCAAGGCUAGCAUUCAGAGCCACUGGGACCCUCAGGGCCCUAGGCAGAGCCCCUACUGCUGGUCUUGCCUCAAGUGCGCUUAGGGGGUGGUGGCGGUAGGGGGACCUCAGACACACCUCUCCCCAUUUCUGCUUCGGGUGCCCCAAAGCCAUUCGCCUCUGUGCCUUCUCCAUGUGCCAACUUGGAAAUAAAAUCCCAGCCUUUUUUGUA